AUUCAUUCAUUCGUUCACUAUCCUCUUUGUGAAGUUCGUGCUGAUGUACACACAAUCACACACAAUUACAUACACACACACAUGCAGACACGACUAAUUAUUACUCAUUUACAUUUAACGACAUUGUUGGCUUUCAUUUUUCUUCUUUGCAUUUUCCUCCAUAUCAUAUCAUUAUCAUUGUCAUCACUAUCAUCUAACAUAUCAUUACCUUGUCAUCGCACUGUCAUUGCACAAUUAUUACCUUAUCAUCGUUAUAAUAAUAAUUAUAAUAAUAAUUAUUAUUACUAUUAUUAUUAUUAUUACUAUUG